AUGGGUGCAUACUUUGGCAGUUUCCACUGUCCGGACAGUGGGGUGCCAGUCGACUUGACGCUAGUGCAUCGUCCGCUGGAGUUGAGCGAACCAAAUCCUACGGAGGAAAUCGUGCGUUUUAGGCCGCCAUAUUGUUGUUCGAGUAAUCAAACCAUGCGUCUCGUCAGUUCGAAGCUUUUCUUCUACCUUUUGUGCUGCAAUGUAGUGACUUGCACUAACUCGGAGGAAAUGGCAGUCCUGAGAAAUCGGGUGAAACGUAUGUUUUAUCACGCUUAUAAUGGUUAUAUGACACAUGCUUAUCCCUUGGAUGAACUACGUCCUCUCACCUGUGAUGGUCACGACACGUGGGGUAGUUAUGCUCUCACCCUUGUGGAUGCUCUCGAUACUCUCGUGAUUCUGGAAAAUCACACCGAAUUUCGUCGUGCCAGCAGAAUGUUACUCGAUCAUUUAGAUAUCAAUCGUAAUGUGAACAUUUCUGUGUUCGAAACAAACAUCCGAGUCGUGGGUGGCCUACUAUCCGCUCAUUUAUUUUCACGACGUGCUGGCUUUGAAGUGGAAUCCACAUGGCCAUGUUCUGGACCUCUGCUUCGAUAUGCGGAAUUGUUUGCAUCCAAAUUAUUGCCAGCUUUUGAUACACCAACCGGGAUGCCCUAUGGAACGGUUAACUUAGCCUCCAAUGGUGUUCCCCUGAAUGAGACACCGGUUACAUGUGUAGCUGGUGUUGGAACAAUGAUUUUGGAGUUUGGAACUUUGUCAAGAUUGACAGGUGAUCCACGUUUCGAGGCCGCAGCAAUGCGAGCCAUUCGAGCACUGUGGCGGUAUCGUUCAUCAAUCGGUCUGCUGGGCAAUCAUAUUGAUGUACUGACUGGUCGUUGGACCGCGGUUGAGUUCACCAUCGGUGGUGGAGUGGAUUCAUUUUUUGAAUAUCUCGUCAAAGGAUCAAUUCUACUCAGGCUCCCAGAACUGGAUGCAAUGUUUCGCGAGUAUAAGAAGGCGAUUGACUUGCACGCGAAGCACGGCGAUUGGCAUUUCCGAAUCAACAAGGAUAGCGCUCAUGUGACCCGUCCUCUAUUCCAAAGUCUAGAUGCAUUUUGGCCCGGAACUUUGUCUUUGUUUGGACAUCUGGACGAGGCCAUACAACAUCUGUCUGCCUACCAUGAAAUCUGGAAACAGUACGGUUUCAUUCCAGAGGCUUACAAUCUGAUUGAACGACGCUCUGUGCCAAAACAAAGCAGUUAUCUUCUUCGACCUGAAUUUAUUGAGUCCGUUUACUACCUAUACCGAGCCACGAAAGAUCCGGUCUAUAUUAGUAUGGCAAUCGAUGUGCUGACCUCAAUUGAGCAGACGACUAAGACCUCAUGCGGCCAUGCCACGGUGGCAAACGUGGUAACACAUCAAUUGGAAAAUCGAAUGGAGUCUUUUUUCUUGGCCGAGACAAUCAAAUACCUCUAUCUGAUAUUUGAUGAAGAUAACUUUGUAAACCACAUUCCUGGUGACCAUCCAGCACCGGUGUCACACCUCUCUUCAGCUGGGGUUGAAUGCACUCUGGAGAAUGGUGGUUAUGUGUUCAACACUGAGGCACAUCCGAUUGACCCGGGUGCACUUCAUUGUUGCUCGCCGAAAUUAAUGUCCCCAAGCAGUUCGUCCGCAACCGCCACUGAGGCAAUACUGACUGCACAGCAUCAUCCAAAACAAAACACAGUGAGUGCCGAAGACUUGGAACGACUUAGUCGAGAGGAGGCGCAGUACCAACCGACUGAGGAACUCCUUAACCUGGUGGACAGUGUGUUUGCGGAACACCUGAAUAUCGAUCCCGAUAUGACUGAUCCGACUUCAUGUAUCAGUUUCGAACCCACCCCAACGCGAAAACCGUGUGCGAAUUUGAGUUCCAUUAACCAAGCCUUGGUUGAACCGUGGUUAGAUUUGCGACAGUUCGUCCUACAACUAACCAAUGAUACCUUGAUGAAAAAUCACAGUAGCGGUACUGUGGGCAGUCUGGACGAAGAUUCUGUGAUCACCGAUUUCAAUGCGUUCGAACCACCCCUGUUAACUUGCCCCUAUCCGCCAUUCCAUCAACGAUACACUUAUUCCGGACAAAUGGUGAUAACUGAGAAUUAG